AGUCUUUUAGUUAUAAACAACAUGAUUAAAAAAUUGUUCUUAUUAUUUUUUUUCGCCUUUGUACAAGCAAAUAUUUACAACAAUACAGAAAUAGAUUUAAAAAAAUGUAAAACUCAUUAUUCCCGAUCGGGAAGCGUCUACAAAGAUUUCUAUUCAAUAACGGAGACUCCUGGUGCUAACGAUACGUUGUUGUUAGAUUUCCAUUUCACUGUAUUGGCCCCUAGCGAUGCGCACAUUCUUUUAGCACCAUCGGAAAACGUUAAAAAAACAGAUCCGGCCUACGAAAUCGUCAUAGGUGCCGGAGGAAAUACUUUCUGCGAUAUAAGAAGAAAACAAAAAUCCGAUGUAAAGGCUUCGGUAAGGGUGAAAGGAUUAUUGAACGGAUUGGAUCCUCAAUCAUUUUGGUUACACAUCACCAAAGAUGGUGAUAUAGCUGUAGGGAAAGAAGGAGAUGAGCUGCCUUUUAUUUCUUGGACCGAUCCUGAUCCUCUUCCGUUGAAAGUGAUAAGUUUCAGUACUUGGUCUGGGAUAGAAGCUAAGUGGUAUUUCGAUUGCGAUCUCAAGAAGGAAACUGAAGAAAUAGAGAAACCUUUAACGCAUCUUGAAAAAUUAAGAAAAGACUUACUGUAUCAUUAUGAUCCUUAUGUUAGACCAGUUAAAGAUGUUUCAACAUUAACCAAUGUUUCGAUGGCUCUGAAUUUUAAAUACGUUACGUUGAAUGAGCAUAGAUCUAUAAUUGAAGUAUUGGGAAUCACUAAAUUGGGUUGGCAAGACGAAAAAUUGAUAUGGGACCCAGAAAAAUACGGUGGACUUGAAAACAUGCAUAUUUUCAGAAAAGAAAUUUGGCAACCUGAUUUGUGUUUAUUAAAUGCAGCUGGAGACGUUAGAGAUUUCCUAGAAGAUACUUUGAUGAUAGCUACUUACACGGGAUACGUGGAAUGGAAUCCAUCUUUAAAAUUGAAAGCUUUUUGCGACGAUACCGAUUUCGGUACUUGGCCCAAUGAUAAUCAUAAAUGCAGUUUAAUGAUUGGUUUUAUGAGAGAUUUUCAUCACAUGACUCUUGAUUUUAAAAAAGAGGAAAGCUCGUUGAUAUACAGGGAAGUAUCUGCAUGGUCGAUAACACAAGCUGAUGUUUUAGCUAGUUCUAAUUUGAGGCACCAAACUCAAUUAUCCGAACCAGCCGUAUUUGAGAUAAUAUUAACAUUACAAAGAAAUUCGAUGACGUUGGAGUGGAUGUUGUUCACCCCCUUUUUAUUUAUAUCCUUAGCAACUUUAUCAAGUUUUUGGUUAGACCCGAUGGAGAAAAUGAAAAUUUCCAUAAUAUGCGCACAGAUGGUUUUUUGUACAUUGAUUCUAUUAGGUUUGGCAAUGGUUAUCCCACAAAAUACCAGGAAAAUACCAUUUUUAGUUCAUCUUUAUAGUUACACAUUAGUAGCUGUGUCGAUCGCUGUCACGGAAGCAAUAAUUGUAGUGAACUCGGCAAAAACUAACCAUAGGAAACCAGUACCGCAUUUCGUUUGUUGUAUAAUCACCAGCGGUAUAUUUCAAACCAGUUUAUGUUUACCAACUGUGAAAAUGUCGAAUAAAUAUGGUGAUUUGAACGAUGACAGGGAAAAACAUCAAAUGAUGUGGUUACUUCUCGGUACGACCAUCGAUAGAUUGACUUUUCUUGUAUAUUUUGCUUUAUUCGUAUAUGCCAUUGCAGUUAAACGUCAUAAUAUGUGAUUCGAUUCUUAAUUGCAGUUUGCAUGGGUUUGUCCUACCCUCGUUUAUAAAUUCUAUAAUAAAUAGUGGAACGUG